AUGGCGCUCAUCCCAUCACAGAUCCUCAGAGUAGCGAUACUCCUCUCUUAUUUUUCCAUCCUCUGCAAUUACAAAGCCAUAGACAUGCCCGCGCAUCAAACAUACGGCGGUAGCUGGAAGUUUCUUACGUUCAUAGAUUUGGUUAUUCAGGCGGUGUUCUUUGGAGUGUGUGUCCUGACUGACCUCUCAAGCCUUUUGACAAAAGGCAGUGCCAGUAUGGAGCAAGAGAGACAGUUAAGGAAGCUGAUUAGCUUACGAGACUGGAUGAUGGCUGUCCUGGCCUUUCCUGUUGGUGCGUUUGUGGUGACAAUGUUCUGGACGCUUUACGUGUAUGACAGAGAUUUGGUAUAUCCAAGACUCCUGGACAACUUUAUACCUCAGUGGCUAAACCACGGCAUGCACACAACAGUUCUUCCUUUUAUCAUAAUUGAGAUGAGAACAACACACCAUCGAUAUCCCAGCAGGACCUGUGGACUCUUCGCGGUGUGCAUGUUUGCUGUGGGAUAUGUCGUAUGGAUGUGCUGGGUGCACAGUAUGACGGGGGUGUGGGUUUAUCCCUUGCUGGAGCACAUCGGGCCCAUGGCCAGAACGCUCUUCUUCGUCUGCCUCACGGCUCUGAUCAGCGUCUACUACGUCUUGGGAGAAAUCCUGAACAACUACAUUUGGGAUUCCUCAAAGAGCAUUCUGGAAUCAGACAAGACCAAAACUGACUGAAGACUGCCACAAAAGUUACCCUGCCUCUUUUCUCUUCAUCUGAAUUCAAAUCGGUUAGACUUUGGAGUUCAAACCAAUACUAUAUAAUUAUCUUGGUCUCCUGAGACAUUUAUUUCAUCACCAUGUAUGUCCCUUAAUUUAAAAAAAGCACAGACCUGCAUCGGCUUGAACAUGGAAUUGAAUAAUUCAUGUUUACAAUUUAUGAUAUGAAUGUUAAAGAGUAUUUCAGAGAACCUCGAGCGUUGUGUGAGCGUUGAAUGAUGUGCACUGCGCACAUGCUGUAUUCGUGUGGCCAAAGCCAGUAUGUCAAACCACAUCACAUAUAUAACUCACGUCAGGUAUUAUUUACGGAGGGAUGAUUUAUAAGCGAAUGUGUCAUUCUUUUCCCCUGUAAAACAAAUAAGCAACACCUUUAUAUACACAGUAGCAUAUGGCAAACGACGAUGAGCACAAGAUAAGUUGCUUAGAUGAGCCGUUUAUGGUGUUUCUGAAGCCAUACAAGUUUUUGAUCAAGAUGAACAGGUAUUACCGCAAGAAAUCCAAACACUGUCAGAAGAGAAACUGACCUUUCUCUACUUGGUGACACUUUAUAAGAAGCUCUAACAGUA